AUGGCAGUUACAAAAGUCCUUAGCCUGAUCCCCGCCAGCGGACUACUGGCGGUGGGAACAUUCUUUUAUACGACGCGUCAAAUUGAGGCUAUUGAGCUCUCUCCCGAAGAUCCGAUCUUUAAAUCCAAACAUCACCAAAAAUACAAUCCCAACAACAAUCCUACCGUGAAUGACCUGCAUAUCCGAAAGGUUCCGUUCUCACAGAUAGACCCUGCAUACCUGGAGAACCCCGAGCGUCUCAUUGAACGAUUCAGCGGAGGGGUCUGGGCGGGUUCCGCAUUCGCCAUCCAACGAACCCUCGGAUCUGACAGACAGCCCCCACAACUCUGGAACCCCGCCGAGCUUCUCCAAUCAAGCUACCAGCCUGGGACAAUAAUAACCGACGAGUUCCUCGUGCUGAGAAAGUCCAACGAUUCGAUCCUUAUCCGCGGCGGAGAUAAGGUGUCAAAAGCCGAGCUCCGACCGAUGGACGGGUUGAUUGAAUUGAGCGUGCGCUUGGAGCCUGAAGAGGGUCAUGUGGAGUUUGGAUUCAAAUCGCUGUUUUUCCAAGGCCUGGGUAAAUCCGAUCGGCCUCCAAUGCCUGGUUUCGUCGUAUGGCUUCAUGAACAGUAUGCGAAGGCUUUGCUGGAGUCCGGAGUGCGACAUGUACUUCGGGAUUAG